CUAGUGUCUUACAUGCCGCUAGCUCUACCGCGGCGCCAGACGCAAAGCGGGCGUGCUAAGGCACAACCGUGGUGUUGAAAGGUUGAUUAUUACCAUAUAUAUCAAGACGCAGCCGCCAAGCCACUCAUCUCAGCCGUCCGCCUUGUCUCCACUGUAAUCACUGAACCUGCCUCUGGGCUCUGAGCUGCAAUGCGGAGCGUACGGCUGGUGGUCGCUGCGUCAGCCCACGGACUGCUCUACCGAAGCUCGCGGCGCGUCGCGUCACGCGUGUACAGCCACAGUGAUGCCGCCUGCCCAGUAAAAUCAACGCGGAAGUGGAUCCGCGACGUCGUCGUCGGCCUGAACCUGUGUCCGUGGGCGGGCGCGCCGCUCCAGCACGGUGAUCUCCGCAUCGUCGAAUCCACCACCACUGACGCCUUGGAAUGUGCGCGCCGCGAGUUCGACGCGGUUGUAGCGACAGAAAACGCGACGGUGGCGAUCGCCAUCAGCGACGCCUGCGCCUUCGAGGACUACCUCGACCUCGUCGACGCCGUCGACGACGCCAUAGACUCGGCGGGCCACCGCGGGGCGAUCCAAUUAGCCACGUUUCAUCCGGCCUACCAGUUCGGCGACGCUCCAGAGGACGCCGCGUCGCACUGGACGAAUCGGUCGCCCUUCCCCGUGCUCCACCUGCUGCGCGAGGCCGACGUCGAGCGGGCCUUGGAGUCGAAGGACGGCCACGACGUCUGGAGGCGGAACGUCGCGGCCGUCGAAGCGCUCGGCGCCGAAAACAUGGAACGGCGAGUCAGGGACUGCCUAACAUGAUUUCAG